AUGCUUAUUAGCCUGCCUGCUCCCCCUUAUGUGGCAGCCAAUCAGGAAUCUUUCACUGGCACACUUAUGAGUCGGAUGCCCUCUUUGAAUCUACACUCUUCUGACUUCCUUUCUGAUAAAAUAUCCUUUUCUGUCAGCCCUCUAGAUCUAGCCAUUCUACUUAAGGAUGAGCGCUAUCAGGUCAAUAAAUCUUCUAAUCGUCUACCCGUUGACCCCGUCUGUGUAGUAGUUCUCUGCAAUUUAGAAAAUGCGAGUGGAAUUUGUUCGCUGGCAAAGUCACUGGUUGAACUAUUUACGGAUGCGGCAGAAAGGAAUUUAUCAUCUGAACUACCAUUCACAGUACGUAAUCGCCCUCAAAUUUCACUUCACACCAAUAAAAUGAACAUCUUUUCCGGUGAGAUUGAAGCUGUUCCUAAAACUAUUGGUAAACUUUGGGAAUGUUUUGCUCAUGUGAUUUUGAUUACAGCUGAUGUUUCUUGUAAUUUUCUGUACACUUUACUUGUCUAA